AUGCUUUUGCCUCUACAAAUAAUCGUUAUCGUUUUAACCUUCAUUUCUCAUGAACAUGAAGCCAUAGCGGCAUAUGUACCGCCUUACACUUCCGUAAUUGCUCCUGUACAUAAACAUACCGAUGCCGCUAAGCCUCUCUAUAGCGUUCAGAUCAUGACAACAUACGUAAACAUGCAAUAUUUGCAUGAAAACUUCCUUAUUGACAUCGAUGCUCCUUUCAUAUGGCACGAUUGUAUCAUUCAAUGGAACAUAUAUCCAGGAAGUUGUCCAGCUAACACGCUUUGCACCUCUCCAGUUUCUUGCGAAGAAUUUCAAUGCACAGAUGUACGAAGUUCUUACUCUUAUCAGAAGCCUUAUUGCUCUCCACCAGACAACAGCUCGACGUUACCUGGUUGGGGAUAUUGUACAUGUCCAGUCAAUGUGGUUGACCCCAUUACUGGAUCUUGUGGGCAAGCCAUGCUCAACUAUGAUGAUUUCACAGUGAACACAAGCAACGGUAAAAAUGUUUUUACUGGAAGUUACGGUUUUUACCCUAAUGCUGCAUGUGCUCCUUCUUCGGCGUUUCAAUCAUUUCCUGCAAAUGUUACUGGUGUCAUGGCACUUUCUUCAUCACCUUACGCUUUACCAGCUUAUUUAUUUGAGCCACUUAAAAAGGUCGUAGGUUUAUGUUUACCUAGCACGUUGUCUACUCCUGGGGUUCUGUUUUAUGGGAAUAGUCCUUAUUACCUUCUUCCACAAUCAGAUGUCGACGUAAGAAGUUAUCUUUCUUAUACUCCAUUGAUAAAGCGUCCGGAUUCUUUCGGAUACUUUAUAGGUGUCAAUAACAUUGUAAUAAAAAAGAGAUCCAUUAAUAUUCCCGCAAAUGCCACUACCAAGAUUAGUACACUUGACCCUUACACCAUUCUUAGAACAGACAUUUAUAACCCUGUGAUUCGAAGGUUUUCAAUGGUUACAAAGCGUAUUCCUACUGCAAAACCAGUCCCACCUUUUGGUCUUUGCUUUAGCACCCAAGGUGGUUUAAGAGUUCCUGAUAUUGAUUUUAGUCUCCCGGAAGGAAAGAAGUGGACAAUGUCCUCCGCUAACUCGAUUAAGCAGGUAACGAAAGAUGUGGCAUGUCUGGCGCUUGUUGAUGGUGGUGCAACAAGUGAACCUGCAAUCGUGAUCGGGACCUUUCAGAUGGAGGAUAACUUCCUGGUAUUUGAUUUGGAGAAUUCGACUUUUGGGUUUAGUUCUUCCUUGUUACGUAAGCAGACUUCUUGCUCAAGCUUCAACUUUACGCUCGUUGACAGCUUCUAA